AUGCUUAGUUAGAUAUUCAGUAGAACUUUUUCAUCUAGCAAAUAACAAGCUAAAACAGCUGUUUUUAUGCUUAAUUUAGGUGGACCUAAUAGCUUAGAAGAAGUAUCUCCAUUUUUAGAGAGAUUCUUCGCAGACUCUACAGUCAUCAGAAUACCUUUUGGUUUAGGACCUAAGAUUGGUAAGCUACGUGGUCCUGCCAAAGUUACCAAGUAGUAUGAAGCUAUUGGAGGAAGAAGCCCUAUUCAAGAUUGGACAAGAAAAUAAGGUGAAAAAAUGGUUGAAAAAUUAGAUUAAAUUUCACCAGACACAGCUCCUCAUAUUUAUUUUCCAGCAUUCAGAUAUGGACUUCCUCUUUACACUGAAUCUAUUAAAGAAUGUAUUGAAAAGAAUCCAACUGUAGAAAAAUUUGUAUUUUUUUCAUAGUAUCCUUAAUAUUCUUGCACUACAGCUGGAAAUAACAUUAGAGAAGCAUUAAAACAUUUAAAGGAGCAGUAUAAAAACCAUGGAAAAACCAUCCAUGUGAUUGAUAGAUGGUAUAAUCAUCCUGGUUAUGUUAAAACAAUUUCUAGAUUGCUCUCAGAAGACCUUAAAAAUAACUUUAAAGAGGAAGAUAGAGAUAAUGUAUUAAUAUUAUUUUCUGCUCACAGUCUCCCAUUUGAUUUUGUUAAGCAAGGUGAUACAUAUCCAUAUGAAAUAGGAACUACUGCAAAUUUAGUAAUUUAAGAAGCUAAAUUGAAGAACCCACACAGAGUUGUUUGGCAAAGUAAAGUUGGUUUCUAACAAUGGUUAGCACCAAACACUAUGCAUGCAUUAGAAUAGGCUUCUAAUUAAGGUUGGAAAAAUGUUAUCUUAGUUCCUCUAGGUUUCACUAGUGAUCACUUAGAAACACUCUAUGAAUUAGAUUUAGAAUAUAUCAAGGAAAGUUAGGAAAAAUUAAAGUUUAAUAAAAUAAUAAGAGCAAGAAGUUUAAAUGAUGAUCAAUAAUUUUGUGAUUCCUUAGCAGAUAUUGUUUCUUAGAAUUUAAAAACUGAUGCUUAUAAAUCUCCAAAUUUAAAACUAAGAUGCCCUGAUUGCAAAAUACCUGAAUGCAACUUACUAAGUGCAGUUUGA